AUGCUCUCGACUCCAGCCUCUCCAAACAAGCACGUUUCAAGACAGAAGAACACUACAAGAAAUUGGAAAUCAAAGAGUAAUUCGGAUUAUACAGUUUCUCCAAUUUAUGCCCUUAGAGUGAGUGCUGUUAUUGAGGACACGUUAGAAAAAUUGCAAUUAUUAGAUUUACUCUCGGGUGAUAUCAAGGAAUUUAUGGGAAGUGAUGACCAAGAAAAGGAAGAAGAUGAAGAUGCUCUCGAUCAAGAGACAAAUGCUGUAGCUAAUAUUUUGGAGGAUCAAAAAGUAUUGGGAAAGAGAUAUGAACAAUUAUCAUUCUUUUUAAGAGCAAACAAACAAGAUAAUCACAUGUCUCAAUCACUGGAGGAAAUCAAUAAGGUUAAAGAUGAAUUGGAAAUGAUUCAAAGAAAGUUAAAAGAUAACACUAAAAAGUUGUGUAGAAAUUUGAAAGAAACACCAAAUGAAUUGGAAAAUUGGAAGAAAAUUCAAUCUGAAAGACAUGAAAUUCAAACAAUAUUCGUGACUCUUCUGAGAGAAAUUCAAGCUGGAUUGAUUCCUCCUCAAGCCAAAUCAACUAUUCCUAAAAAUAGAGGUCUUAACUACUCUACUGUUGUUGAAGAAAAUGACGAAGAAGAAAGUGAAACAGUCUCAGUACCACAAAGUAUUAUUCCUGAUGUACCAUAUGAAUCAUUUAUGAAGAAAGUUGCUGAAGAAAAAGAAAAGAAACAAUAUUUACAACACAUCACAGAAAUUGAAAGUAAAACUUUAGAACAAGUCAAUAAGCUAAAGAUUGAAGUAAUCAAAGAAAAAGAAUUAAAGAAGACUGAAGUUGAUGACAGAAGUACAAAGGUGAAUACAUUACUUAACAAGUUGAGAAAGUUGAAGAAGCUCACUGCAGAUGAAGAUUCAAAGACAAAGGCAACAGAGGAAGCUUCUCACGAAUCGAGAAGAAGAAGAGAAGCAAGCACUCUCCACAAACUUGAAUCAGAAUCUCGAUCUAAAAACAUAGAGUUAGAAGUGGAGAAGAAUGUGUUUUCUCAGAUUAAAAACUUUUUAGAAAAGAAAACAGAUGAAUUAAAAAGAAAGGGUGAAUACUGGAGAGAGAAAUAUGAAAAGGAAUCAGAAGAAUUAAGAUCCAAGAUUAUUCAAUGGGAAGCCAUGAGAGAAGAACAAAUAGAAAAGCUUAAAAGGCUCGAGGAAAAGUUUGAGUUAGAAACUCAAGAUAAGCAAGUUCAAGAAGAUGUAGAUGCUACAACAAAGGCAAAAGAGAAGGAUGAUGCAGAAAAGAAGAUUCAAAUGUCUGCUGAUGUUAUCAAAAUGGCUUUCAAGUGCUACAAAGCUAGAGAAGAUUUUGCUAAUCGUAAAAAGAAAAAGAAGACAAGAAGCGCAAGUAACCCAAAGAGUGCAGGUUCUUCUAAGUAAAUGUAAAUAAUAUUUUAAUUAAAAAUUCUUGUC